AUGGUUCAACCACGAAUGCUUUCAAGAGAGGAAGAGGGCUCCGCUGCUAGCGAGGAGAACGAAGUUCGUCGCGAGGAUCAGGAGAAGAUUAACCGGUUUAGUCGGCUUCAUCAGCGCGAGACGGUUUUCUUGGAUCAAUUGAAGGCGAAGCAGAAGGAUAAAGAGGAUCUGGAGGAGGUUUCUAUGGAGCUGGAAUUGGCUGAUGAAGAUGAUCUUGUUCCAUACAAAAUCGGCGACUCAUUCUUUCAGCUUCCUCUGGCUGAUGCACAGGCCAUGCUUACUGCAUCGACGGAGCAGAUUGACACAGAUGUCUCCAAGUUGGAGGAUUCGAUUAGUGAACUUCGCGAGGAGCUGCAGCAGCUCAAGGUCUCGCUGUAUGCGCGAUUUGGCCGGAGUAUCAACCUGGAAACCUAG